UUUUGAAAUAUAUAUCCUAGUUAUCACUUCCCUUGUUAAUAAAUUAAAAUAUGCAUAUACGUAUUCGCCUAUCCGUUCCAUUCCCUUACAUAUAUUGUCCGCUACUGCCGAAAGUAUCCGCUUAACAUGUUGAAGACUUGGAUCUUAAGUUUCUCAGUGUUCGCUCUCCAAAUCUUCACAUAUUCGAUAGCAUUAGAUGUUACUCAAUAUGGAGCUGUUGGAGAUGGAGUUACAGAUGAUUCUCAGGCGUUCUUGAAAGCCUGGGAAGCUGUCUGUGGCGGGGCAGGAGAUGGGCAGCUUAUCAUUCCGGCAGGAAUGGCAUUUAUGUUGCAGCCCUUGAAGUUUGAGGGUUCUUGCAAAUCGACCCCUAUUGUUGUUCAGAUUUUGGGCAAUCUUGUUGCAUCAAGUAGAGGAAAAUGGAAAGGAGACAAAGACCAAUGGAUUCUCUUCUCAGACAUAGAAGGGCUUGUGGUUGAAGGUAACGGCGAAAUAAACGGCCAGGGUUCGAGCUGGUGGGAACACAAAGGCAGUUCUAGACCAACAGCAUUGAAGUUCAAGAGCUGCAACAAUCUUAGACUUAGUGGCUUAACGCACGUAGAUAGUGCAAUGGCACACAUUCACAUAAACGGUUGCAACGAUGUCACCAUCUCACAUCUCCGGAUAAAUGCACCAGAAUCAAGUCCUAACACCGAUGGUAUCGAUGUAGCCGCUUCAUCCAAUGUUAUCAUCCAGGACUGCGUAAUCGCCACUGGUGACGAUUGCAUUGCGAUUAACUCGGGGACGGCUAACAUCAGAAUUUCCGGUAUAGACUGCGGACCAGGUCAUGGAAUAAGCAUAGGAAGCUUAGGGAAAGAUGGAGAGAUAGCUUCAGUAGAGGAUGUUUGUGUCCAAAACUGUAACUUUAGAGGAACUAUGAAUGGGGCUCGGAUUAAAACCUGGCCGGGAGGAUCAGGUUACGCAAGAAGGAUUACUUUCAACCGAAUUACUCUAGAUAAUGUCGAGAAUCCAAUCAUUAUUGAUCAGCAUUACAACAAUGGAGAUUCUGAUGAAUCCACAGAUGAUAAGUCGUCGGCGGUGGAAGUGAGCAAAGUUGUGUAUAGUAACUUCGUGGGGACGUCCAGAUCUGAGUACGGUGUUAACUUCAGGUGCAGCAAGAGAGUACCAUGCACAGAGAUUUUUAUGCAAGAUGUGAAAAUAGAAACGGAAUCGUCAGGAAUGGGACAAGUAGCGCAAGGACAGUGUUUAAACGUGAGAGGUGGAGUGUCUACACUUGCGGUACCAGGUUUAGAGUGUUUAGCACUUUCUACAGAUAUGUUGUCAUGGGGGACAAUGCCGGAACAAGCUUGUAUGUUGCCGCAGCCAUCAGUGCAACCGAAUACACGACCGUUGCAAGAUCCAUUAUGGGUUUAUGGAAGCAGAGCACAACGGCUGGGAGUAUAUAAUGUCAUAUUAACUUCAUUAAUCUCUUUUGGUUUUAGUUAUGUUUUAGGUUAGUCAAAGGUUUGUCACAACCUAGAUUCAAGCAUUACUUGUGUUAUAAGGUGCGUAAAAAACAAUUUCCGAUUUGAAAUAGGUCGGUUAGUAUGACUUUCAAAUUGGUUGUUAUAUGAAUCAGUUUGGUUUGGAUCAAAACAGGUCCACCUAACAUAA